AUGAUCACCGCAACAAAACGCAAAGUCCUAGACGGACUGAACAGGCGUUAUAUUUAUGGUCGCGUGCCACUCCUACAUACAUUAAUCUUCAUCAUCGAGAUGGCGGUUGCUGCGCGCAUUGCCAGCAAAUUCAACUCGUACUAUGCCGAAAAGCCGGUGCUCACAACGAUGGUCACCAACGCCGUGUUGGGAGGCGUCGCUGAUACAGUUGCACAAUUGAUCACAGCCGUCCAAACUCGGAGAGCACAGGGCACUCCCGAGAACCGCGACUUCAUCUCCAUCGAGUUUCAGGACCUGGACAAAGGCAGACACCCAGCGCUCGGUGAACUUGGCGCCACGAUACACUCUCCGGCGCCGUUUGACUUUGAGCGUGUCACUCGAUUCAUGGCGUACGGCUUCUUCAUGGCCCCGAUCCAAUUCCAGUGGUUCGGCUUCCUGUCUCGCGCCUUCCCCCUCACCAAGAUGAACCCUAGUAUUCCGGUGUUGAAGCGUGUUGCUUUUGACCAGUUAAUAUUCGCCCCUUUCGGUUUGGGAUGUUUUUUCACCUUUAUGACCGUUGCCGAAGGCGGAGGCAGGAGAGCACUGACCCAGAAAUUCCGAGACGUAUAUUUGCCGACGUUGAAGGCCAACUUUGUUCUCUGGCCCGCAGUGCAGAUUCUCAACUUUCGGGUCAUCCCCAUUCAAUUCCAGAUUCCUUUCGUCUCUUCAGUUGGUAUCGCGUGGACCGCAUACCUUUCCUUGACGAACUCCGCCGAGGAGGCUUGA